AUGGUCAAAGAUUUCCACAUGGGUGAGGGCAAUGAUGCAUCAUUUUACGCUGGCAUCCUUGUCGCAACCUUCUCCCUGGUCGAAGCCUUCACCGGGAUGUUUUGGGGAGCUCUUUCUGAUCGCAUAGGGAGGAAGCCGGUCAUCAUUUCUGGGUUGGCUGGGACCAUCGUUUCUCUUCUCAUCGUCGGGUUCGCCCGCAGUUACUGGGUGGCCCUCUUUGGUCGCGGCCUCGGAGGUCUACUCAAUGGAAAUAUAGGAGUUAUCCAGACCAUGGUAGGCGAGAUAGUCAAGCGACCUGAGCACGAGCCGCGAGCUUACGCCGUGAUGCCGUUCGUUUGGUCUAUUGGUACUAUCAUAGGACCCGCUGUUGGCGGACUGCUUGCGAAACCUGCGGAGAACUAUCCGUCUUUCUUUUCGCGUUAUGGUCUCUUUGGCAAAUUCCCAUAUCUCCUACCCAACGUUGUGUGUUCUAUUUUACUCCUCGGCAGUAUUGUCUUUGCAUGGUUAUUUCUGCAAGAGACACAUCCAGACAUGCAGCCGUCAAGUACAAUAGAUCAUCCGUCAGCAGAACAUCCUCUUCUAGCAACUGCUGGAGCGACAGCCAAUCCGGGUGUCGACCUACGGGCGGAAUCGUACGGAACCUUCAAUCAGGUCCAUGUGCAUGACGAUGAAUAUUGGAGGGUACAGCAAAACGGGUCCAAGCCUGAGCCAGAUCUCCAAAAGCCAACCGCUUUUACUCGACCAGUCAUUUUGCUCAUCAUCGCUCUGGCCAUCUUCACCUACCACUCAAUGACCUACGAUCAUUUACUACCUAUUUUCCUUCAAGACCAACGCGGCGAUCCGACUCUGGAUAGCUCUACUUUUAGUUUUCCUGGUGGAGUCGGUCUCUCGACUGGGACUGUCGGUUUGAUCGUUUCGUCUGACGGCAUCAUCGCCCUCGUUAUCCAGAGCCUCAUUUUUCCGGCUUUAGCUCAGUGGCUUGGGGUUUGGAAACUCUUCAUCAUUGUCACCAUCCUACACCCCGUGGCCUACUUUAUGGUUCCUUUCCUCGUCUUUUUGCCACAUUCGCAGCUGUUGUUCGGGAUCUAUACUUGCCUCAUCACUCGAAACAUCCUCUCAAUCAUCGACUUCCCAGUUCUCCUGAUCCUGAUAAAGCAAGCGAGUCCUUCGGAUUCCUGCCUAGGCAAGAUAAACGGCCUUGCUGCCUCCGCCGGCGCCGCCGCGCGCACCGUUGCGCCCCCUGUCGCUGGGUAUCUGUACAGCGUGGGAGCAGAGAUUCGGUUUACCGCACUAGCAUGGUGGGGAAGUGCAUUUGUGGCGGUCACUGGGGCUCUGCAACUCUUACUCAUGACCCAGAAGAAACACUCGUCAAUCACGAUCGAACCUGCCGCACGCUGCCAUUUUUCGCCGGACCACCAACAACAUCAUGGCCACAAAGAGUCUAUCCACAUCAUUGUGACGGACUCUGAUGACGUUUCGAAUAAUGUCUGA